AUGGCUUUCACAAUCGAAACUGGACUGCAGGUCUGGACAAUCGCUUUAUCAGUCAGCUCGAUCGCUUUGUCUACCAUCGCGGUCAUCUUACGUCUCAUGGCCAAAUACAUCCGUAAACGAAUCGACGCCAGCGACUACUGCAUCAUAGCAGCUUUGGUGUUCAACCUAGCAACAAACUGCAACCACUUAUACCUCGUCUUCCACGCAGGCUAUGGCCUCGAACUCACAACCCUCCUACAGCGUUUUGGUAUCCUCAAUAUGCGCAUCCUCUCGAAAGGCACAUUAGUCGCGGUGUGUACUUGGCAUGUCACUGCCUGCCUGUCCAAGCUCUCGGUCCUGCUCAUGUACACUUCGAUCAUACCCAACGCAUCCAUGCGCGUAAUAUGUCGCUAUUUCGGCGCGACGAUCGUCGUAUGGACAGUGGCAGAUCUGAUUGCAGUAUUGUCGAUUUGCAGACCGUUCAACAUGGCAUGGAUCAACGCAGACAAAUGCCCUAACCAGACUCUGUUCUAUUUCAUCAUGGGCUUACUGAAUCUGAUCAUCGAUACAAUCAUCAUCGCACUUCCGAUGCCGUAUCUGAUCCGCCUGCGGACGUCAUGGCGCAAGAAGAUCGUUGCUAUUGUCUUGCUAGGAAUGGGUAUAGUGUACGUAUACCAGACAGACUUCCAUCGCCUGCAACAUGCUGACAUGAACCCUAGGACCUGGGCCAUUACCAUCUAUCGCCAAAAGUGCUUGUGGGGUCUAAAUUGGCGAAAGGUCAAUCGAUACUCGGACAUGGCGAUCGCCAUGUUCCUAGGUGGCCUCGAGUGCGCAGUCAUGAUCGUUGUGGCUUGCAUACCGCUCAUGCGCCCUCUCUUUUCGAGAAGCAAGGCUCGCAGCCCGCCGAACCAUGGCGACAACCUCAACUCGGGGGCGCAUCUAGAGAAGGCAAACAAGAAGGCGGCAGCUAAGCUUCCUCGAUUGCUCGAUCCGCCGUCCUGGUUCGACAAUGAGGACGAUGCCGAUGCGCAGGUCGAGCUACAGGCAAAGAAGGAUGUGCAGAUGACGGAUGCAGAGUCUUCUAGUUCCUCUGACAUCUCGCGCACGCCAGUCGCCCCGAAAGAGACUGUCGUGGAUAAGAAGAUAUGGGCAGCGCCAGUAUGCUGGGAUGCACCUGAGGAAUGUCGUAAGCAGGGUCCGCACGAGCCACCCAUUGUGCAUGCAGAUGCGCUUUGA